AUGACCGAUGACAAGUGCCCGGUUGACCACACCACCCGGGCCAAUUGGCUCAGGCAGCACAGUCCGACAUCGCAUGAUCAGCCAGAUGCAGCCCGUGUACUGGCAGCCUACGCAAAGCCAGCCGAUCGCAAAGGCAAAGGCAAGCAAGUCCUCACACCCGAAGAACUCAGCCGAGAGCGUCAGAUCUCCAGCAUUCCUCGUCUCAUAGACUCGGCCGCCCCUUCGGUAGCCGUCUCGGAUGAUGCCUGUCCUGCGAGUUCGACAUCCGUCCAAGCAAGCAAGGUCGAUGGCAAUUGGGUCUAUCCCUCGCCGUCUCAGUUCUAUGAAGCGCUACAGAGGAAGAACAGAGCGCCUUCCAGAGAUGACAUGCCUUUUGUCGUGCCCAUACACAACGCGGUCAACGAGAAGUGCUGGGAGGACGUCCUCGCUUGGGAGCUUGGGCCAGGUCAGAGCAAGAAAGAUGAUGUCAAGCUCGUCAGCUUCAAAGGCCGACCCAAAGACCUCAGCCCGCGUGCAUGGCUAAAGACGCUCGUCGGGUAUUCCGCGCCCUUUGACCGCCACGACUGGCUCGUCGAUCGCAACGGAACCCGUAUACGAUAUGUCAUCGACUUUUACACCGGCCAGGGUGGUUCAGCACCAGCAACAGUGGACCAGCGCUAG